UCGGCUCUGAUUGGUUGCUGCCCAGUGACGUAGCUGGCUGGGUAGAGUUUAGUCAAGCUAACGCAGGUUGACCUUGCUGCUACGCGCUGACAGCAGACAGCUCACCUUCCAGAAGAACCUCAACAAUCUCAAUCUUAGGUGACUUGUCAGUCUUGCCCGGUUCUCCAAUGGCUACGAUAUCCAGCUCGGGUUUCAGGUUAACCAAAGAGCAUUUUGUGGUGGCGGUGCCUGUGGUAGUCAUUGCAGCAGCUGGAGGUUACCUAGUCAGCCAGUACUUGACCCGCCGGUGCUGUAAGAAGAGUCAGGUGAAUGUGUGUGUGUGCAAAGACAGCCCCAAAGUGGUCCACAGCUUUGAUAUGGAGGACAUCGGCACCAAAGCGGUGUACUGCCGCUGCUGGAAGUCAAAAAAGUUCCCGUACUGCGAUGGUGCCCACACCAAGCACAACGAGGAAACUGGAGACAACGUCGGACCUCUGAUCAUCAAAAAGAAGGACGCUUAGCCCUACGACUGCGGAAGUCGACCGUCUGACUGCUUGUGCUCCCAGGCUCUCCCAAUCAUCAUCGUUGUUUCUGUGUCACACCAACAGUUGAGCAACGCCCCAGAAUCAGCCACAUUCCACCCUGUUCCACACCAAACCAUUCAGUCUAUGAAUCAGAAGGUAGUUUCUGGGCAGACGAGUGACCAUCAUUAGUCAGUUAUGAGUGUGCUUCAGUCAAGCUAACGUGAGACUUUCGUCUGGUUUCACCUGUGUGCCGUUUCCUGUUCCCCCUUGUUCAAACCGGCUUUUCUUCUGCCUCUGUCAGUUCAGUAUUUCAGUUGAGCGUGGGCCUUAUCGCAUCCGAACACAAGAAUGUUGCAUUGAGUUAUUUCUCUGAUUUUGCUGCUUGUUCUGAGAAAGUUCAAGUCAGGUUUGUCUUAAAUGAAAUGUUGAAACACUACCUGCUGUGGCGAGCAGACGCUGUUCUGGUGACCCGGCGUUGAUCUGAAGCUUUACAUGAGUUGGAUUUCUACUGGUGUGCUUUAUUCACUCGUCUGUGUUGUUAAUAAAACUUGUCGAGUCA